AAAUAUAUAGGAGAUCAACUUUUUCACUAUCACUUAGUCUUGAAUAAGGUUCUUAGGGACAAAAGUCUAGCUUCUAGACUUUUGUUUUUUGUCGUUUCGUUGUUCCGUACCUUCAUUGGUCGACGGAACUCGGGUUUAUUGUGAGAAUUUGCCUGGGACAAACCAGCACCAUGAAGAGAUUCAGCCAGGUGCUGUGCUGCGUGGCAGCCAUCGCCUUGCUUUCGGGCGCUACCGCAGAAGACGAGGAGAACCACCCUUGCAACCGAGAAUGUAUCGAGGGAGAGACCAUGACCUGCCACUACGACUUCGAGAUCGGCUGGUACCAGUCCAUGAGCAAGGCCUGCUACGACUGCCCCUUCAACGCUGAUGACUGCAACAGGAAGGACUGCAUUCCUGCUGACGGCAUCUCCAGGCCUCUUAACGUUGUUAACAGGAAAAUGCCCGGACCUGCUAUUACGGUCUGUCAAGGCGACCGAGUGAUCGUCGACGUAGACAAUGAGCUGAUGACUGAGGGUUCCUCGGUCCACUGGCAUGGCAUGCACCAGGUCGGAACCCCCUACAUGGACGGAACCCCAUGGGUCACUCAGUGCCCUAUCUCCCCUCUGUCUACUUUCAGAUACAACUUCACCGCCAGCAACCCUGGAACCCACUUCUGGCACUCUCACUCCGGUCUGCAGAGGACCGACGGUAUGGCCGGUGCUUUCAUCGUCAGGAAGACCCGCUCCAGGGAGCCUAACGGCUUCUACGACUAUGACAAGUCCGAGCACGUGAUGCUAGUCACCGACUGGCUGCACGAGACCACCGUGGCCAAGUACACGGACCACCACCACUCCACCGGCGACAACAAGCCCCCGGCGCUGCUCGUCAAUGGAGUCGGUCGCUUCAAGCUGUUCGGCAACGACACUGACGAGCCUUUCUACAUGAAGACCGCCCAGUUUGAUGUGGAGAAGGGAUACAGUUACAGAUUCCGUCUCAUCAACGCCGAGUUCAUGAACUGCCCCAUCGAGAUGACCAUCGACGGCCACAACUUCACCCUCAUCGCUUCUGACGGUCACGACUUGGAGCCCAUCAUUGCUACUUCCCUUGUGUCCUAUGCUGGAGAGCGUUUCGACUUUGUCAUCACCGCUGACAAAGAGGUCGACAACUACUGGAUCAAGUUCCGUGGUCUUAUGGACUGUGAUGACCGCUUCACCAAGGCCAAGCAGGUGGUGGUCCUCCACUACGAGGGAGCUCCUGAUGAAGAACCCGCCGGUAACCCGACCUGGGAGGAGUCUCACAGGGAUGGUCUGCAACUGAACGCUCUGAACAAGGGUGAGGAAGACAUGGCCACCAUCAGUAUUCCCGAGAUGCACUCGCUCCACGCCUGGGAUGAGAGCAUGAAGGAGGUGCCUGACCACCAGUUCUACAUCACCUACGACUUCUACGGCAAGAACAACUCCGAGUACCACAAGGCUCCGUACUACGGGUUCAACCAGAUGACCGACACGGACAACAAGAUGUUCACCCCUCAACUGAACCACAUCAGUAUGCAGAACCCGAAGACCCCUCUCCUGAUCAGCAAGCCUCUCUCUUCCAGCGGCUUCUGUAACGCCGACACCGUCGACGAAGAAUACUGCGAGAAGGAAUUCUGCAAGUGUCCCCACGUUCUCUCCGUCAAACUGGGUUCCGUCGUUGAGCUGGUCAUCAUUGACGAAGGCAACACUUACGACGCCAAUCAUCCCUUCCACUUGCACGGAUACGCUUUCCGUGUUGUUGGAAUGAGACGGCUGGGCUCCAGCACUUCUGCUGAAGAGGUCAAGGCUUACGACGCCGCUGGUCUCUUGAAGAGGAAUCUUAUUGAUGCUCCGCUUAAGGAUACCGUGACGAUCCCUGACGGUGGUUACACGGUUGUGAGGUUCAAGGCUGACAACCCUGGGUACUGGCUUUUCCACUGCCACAUUGAGUUCCAUGUGGAGGUCGGUAUGGGGUUGGUUUUCAAGGUCGGAGAGAACUGGGACAUGCCCCCCACUCCUCCUGGUUUCCCUACCUGUGGUGACUACAAACCAGAGAACUAAGGAUUGUGAUAUUUACACUGACUGAAGCUUAUCAUUUUGUUUUUACAAGAUUUUUGGUACUUACAUUUCCGUAUGGAUGCAUUUAUUUAUUUAUUUAAUAACUUAUUCAGAUUGUGAUGUAAUUUUGUUGACUUGUUAUCUUGUUACUUUACAAUUGUUGGCUUGAAUGCUAGGAUACUCUAUUUUGAGCAAUAAAACACUUUUACACUAUAA